CUCAACGUCUCAGUUCUCUCUCUCUCGUGCUCUUGACUCGACGAACACACGAAGCCCGUAAACCAAAGUUCUCUAUCCUAGCCGGACUAUUGUGGACCCCUGCCGGCAAUUCUCCCGGCUCGCCGUCGCAAUAUGGUGUCUCUACUCUGCGACUCUCAAUUACUAAACCACCGCCCUUCGAUCUCCCCCACACCUUCUCACUCCACGAUCGCUGAUCGAAAAUUCCUCCGCCAUAAUCGUCCUCUGAGCUCUUCCCCGUUCCUGGGAAACGGAAUCAAGCUAGGUGUAUCAGGAUGUAGUAGUAGGAGGUACUCUCUUCGGAUUCGGAGGAGGAGCACGAGUGUAAACGCUUCGUUAGGCGGUCUUCUCAGCGGGAUUUUCAAGACUUCUGAUAACGGAGAGUCCACGAGGCAACAGUACGCAUCAGUCGUGGCCUCCGUUAACCGCUUGGAGACGGAGAUUUCGUCUCUUUCGGAUUCGGAUUUGCGAGGGAGGACCGAUGCGUUGAAGCAACGAGCUCAACAAGGAGAAUCCAUGGAUUCGCUUCUACCUGAGGCGUUUGCUGUUGUGAGAGAAGCUUCCAAGAGAGUUCUUGGACUCAGACCUUUCGAUGUGCAACUGAUAGGUGGUAUGGUCCUCCAUAAAGGAGAGAUAGCUGAGAUGAGAACUGGUGAAGGGAAAACUCUUGUAGCCAUUUUACCUGCUUACUUGAAUGCGUUAAGUGGGAAAGGUGUUCAUGUGGUUACUGUCAAUGAUUAUCUUGCUCGUAGAGAUUGUGAAUGGGUUGGUCAAGUUCCUCGCUUCCUUGGAUUGAAGGUUGGUCUGAUCCAACAGAAUAUGACACCUGAACAAAGAAAGGAAAAUUAUUUAUGCGACAUCACUUAUGUCACCAACAGUGAGCUUGGAUUCGACUAUCUGAGAGACAAUCUUGCCACGAGUGUGGAGGAGCUCGUCUUGAGGGAUUUCAAUUAUUGUGUAAUUGAUGAAGUUGAUUCCAUACUUAUUGAUGAGGCAAGAACUCCUCUCAUUAUCUCUGGCCCUGCAGAGAAACCUAGUGAGCAAUACUACAAAGCUGCCAAAAUUGCUUCAGCCUUUGAGCGGGAUAUACAUUACACUGUUGAUGAAAAGCAAAAGACUGUUUUACUAACGGAACAAGGUUACGAAGAUGCAGAAGAAAUCCUGGACGUGAAAGAUUUGUAUGAUCCUCGUGAACAAUGGGCGUCAUAUCUUCUUAAUGCCAUUAAGGCAAAAGAACUGUUUCUCAGAGAUGUGAACUAUAUCAUCCGAACAAAGGAGGUUCUUAUCGUGGAUGAGUUUACUGGUCGUGUGAUGCAGGGAAGACGUUGGAGUGACGGACUACAUCAAGCAGUUGAAGCAAAAGAAGGCUUGCCAAUUCAGAAUGAAUCUAUUACACUGGCAUCCAUUAGUUAUCAAAAUUUCUUUCUCCAGUUCCCGAAACUUUGCGGGAUGACUGGUACUGCAUCAACCGAGAGUGCAGAAUUUGAGAGCAUAUACAAGCUGAAAACUACAAUUGUACCCACAAAUAAGCCCAUGAUAAGAAAGGAUGAGUCAGAUGUGGUUUUCAAGGCAGUUAAUGGCAAAUGGCGGGCAGUGGUGGUGGAAAUUUCUAGAAUGCAUAAGACUGGUAGAGCUGUGCUGGUUGGUACAACCAGCGUUGAGCAGAGUGACGAGCUUUCUCAACUAUUGCAGGAAGCUGGAAUAACUCACGAGGUCCUCAAUGCAAAACCAGAGAAUGUGGAGAGAGAAGCUGAAAUUGUAGCACAAAGUGGUCGUUUUGGGGCUGUAACAAUUGCCACAAAUAUGGCUGGGCGUGGGACAGACAUUAUUCUCGGUGGAAACGCAGAGUUUAUGGCACGUUUGAAGCUCCGUGAGAUACUUAUGCCCAGAGUGGUGAAGCCUACUGAUGGUGUUUUCGUAUCUGUGAAGAAGGCCCCUCCCAAGAGGACGUGGAAGGUGAAUGAGAAGUUAUUUCCAUGCAAAUUGUCAAAUGAGAAAGUGAAGCUAGCUGAGGAAGCUGUACAAUCAGCUGUAGAGGCUUGGGGCCAGAAAUCGUUAACUGAGCUUGAAGCAGAAGAACGUCUAUCUUAUUCUUGUGAAAAGGGUCCAGUUCAGGAUGAAGUCAUUGGUAAACUAAGGAACGCAUUUCUUGAGAUAGCAAAAGAAUAUAAGGGCUUCACAGAUGAAGAAAGGAAAAAGGUUGUGGAAGCCGGUGGACUCCACGUGGUUGGGACAGAGAGGCAUGAAUCACGCCGUAUUGACAAUCAGCUGCGUGGGCGAAGUGGCCGCCAAGGGGAUCCUGGAAGUUCCCGGUUCUUCCUUAGUCUUGAAGAUAACAUAUUCCGCAUUUUCGGGGGAGAUCGGAUCCAGGGUAUGAUGAGAGCAUUCAGAGUUGAAGACUUACCAAUCGAAUCCAAGAUGCUUACUAAAGCUCUAGAUGAAGCUCAGAGAAAAGUGGAGAAUUACUUCUUUGACAUCAGGAAGCAACUGUUCGAAUUUGAUGAGGUUCUCAAUAGCCAAAGAGAUCGUGUUUACACAGAGAGGAGGCGCGCUCUUGUGUCAGACAGCCUUGAGCCUCUGAUUAUUGAGUAUGCUGAGUUAACAAUGGAUGACAUUCUAGAGGCAAAUAUUGGCCCGGAUACUCCAAAAGAAAGCUGGGAUCUUGAAAAGCUCGUCGCCAAAGUUCAGCAGUACUGUUAUCUGUUGAAUGAUCUCACUCCGGAUUUGCUGAAAAGCCAAGGAUCAAGUUACGAGGGACUGCAAGAUUAUCUCCGUGCCCGUGGCCGAGAUGCAUACUUGCAGAAAAGAGAAAUAGUGGAGAAAGAAGCACCAGGGCUAAUGAAAGAUGCUGAACGUUUCUUAAUCUUGAGCAAUAUAGACCGGUUAUGGAAAGAACACCUUCAAGCACUCAAGUUCGUGCAACAAGCUGUUGGGCUUAGAGGAUAUGCGCAACGUGAUCCGCUCAUUGAGUAUAAGCUUGAAGGAUACAAUCUAUUUCUGGAAAUGAUGGCUCAAAUAAGAAGAAACGUCAUAUACUCCAUUUAUCAGUUUCAACCAGUGAUGGUGAAGAAAGAUCAAGACAAGAAGUCUCAGAAUGGGAAACCAAGCAAACAAGUGGAUAAGCCUAAUCAAGUCGGUGUCGCAGAUGAGCCAUCCUCAGUUGCUAGUGCCUAAGUGUGGUAAAACAAUAGCAAAUCUUUUUUGGAUAGACGGACCAAAACUGUGGAUCUAUAAAUUUGUUUGUCAACCUUAUUUAUAAUGUAAAUAACAAACACAGAGAAAAAGACACAACAAAAACCAGAUCAAGAAGUAUCAUCUCUUGUAAGAA